ACGCACCUCUGGCUCCCUCACGUGGCGCUCGUCAGCAACUACACCCCCCCGGUCCGGUCCGUCGCAGAUAUAUUACGCGGUGUCGCACAUCUUCAUCAUCAACACCGGACGCGCUACUGACACACGAUCGCCAACAGCAACAAUGCUUUUCUACUCGUUUUUCAAGUCGCUGGUGGGGAAGGACGUGGUGGUGGAGCUCAAAAACGACCUGAGCAUCUGUGGGACUCUUCAUUCUGUUGACCAGUACCUGAACAUUAAGCUCACAGACAUCAGCGUCACUGACCCAGAGAAAUAUCCACACAUGCUCUCGGUGAAAAACUGUUUCAUCCGUGGAUCUGUGGUCCGGUACGUUCAGCUGCCUGCAGAUGAAGUCGACACUCAGCUGCUGCAGGAUGCGGCGCGAAAAGAAGCGAUACAGCAGAAGCAGUGAUUUCCCUGCACGAUGGGGGUUAGUUCAGGGGGGGUUGGAAUUCUUGUGACAGUUAAUGAGUAGUUAAAGUUUUCAGUUAAUUUCAUAUUAGUUGUUGUCAUUAAGCAGUAUUGGUCUCUUUCACAAGACAUCAAGUGCAUUCCCGUCAUCAGCGAUCAAUAAUUUACACAACUGUAAUGAAAAAAAUGUACUCUCCCUUUUGUUUGUUAAAAAGAAAAAAGGAACUAAAUGCAAUUUUGAGCUCCAGUAGAGGCAAAGAUUUGUUGUAAUAUUUCUGUUGCAUAAAACCAGCACUGUUGGCUUAUGUUUGAAGAAAUGAUGACUGAGGUGUUUUUUUAUGCCAUUUCAAAAAUAAAAGGCUAUUUUAUUUA